GAUACCGGAUACCCAGCCAGACCCAGACCACAGAGCAGAGGGUGCCGCACGCCACGUUGCCUGCCCUCUGUUUUGCUUUCCUUUUGCUUUCCCCAUCGCAUCGGGACGCAGCAACGCAGCGUGUCCAUGUGCCCGCUGCCCGCUGCCCGCUCCCCCAUGGUGAGACGCACGAAAGCCAACUGACAGACACCCGAUUCCAAUCCCAAGUGACCAAAAACAAAAGCAGAAGGAGAGCCAGAGGGAUUUUGUUCCUCUCUUCCGUUUCUUCGGCUGGGGUAUCUCUGUUGUUGUGCGCGGCUGUGGUGGGCGGCGGAAAUGACGGAUUCUUCCUCUGCGGCGGCGGGGGCGGCGGUGCCGCUGCUGGAGGCGGGCGGCGGGAAGGAGAUGCGGCACCUGGGCGGCCGCACGGCGCACAACCUCUCCUCGUCUUCGCUCCGGAAGAAGUCGGACGCCUCGCUCCUCCGCAAGGUGCCCUGCGCCGCGCUCAGGGCUUUCCUCGCCAACGUCCAGGAGGUGCUGCUCGGGACCAAGCUCUUCGUCCUCUUCCCCGCCGUCCUCCUCGCCGUCCUCGCCAGAUACUUGCGCUUCGGCCAGGUGUGGCUCUUUGUGCUUAGCUUAAUUGGCCUCAUUCCACUUGCCGAACGACUCAGUUUCCUGACGGAGCAGAUUGCAUUUUACACCGGUCCUACUGUGGGUGGACUGUUGAAUGCAACAUUCGGCAACGUGACAGAAGUUAUCAUCGCGCUCUUUGCCCUGAGGGAAGGCAAGAUAACGGUGGUGAAAUGCUCCCUGCUCGGCUCCAUCUUGUCCAACUUGUUGCUUGUCCUUGGUACCUCCCUUUUCUUUGGUGGCCUAGCCAACCUCGGCACCGAGCAGCUAUUUGACAGAAAGCAAGCAGAUGUCAGCACAGGGCUUCUGAUUCUUGGUGUGUUAUGCCAAUCAAUGCCACUGAUGCUGAGGUAUGCAGUAGGCGCCGGGGAGCAUGCAGUCACCUCUGGGGAUUCAGGGUUGGUGCUAUCCCGAGCAUGCAGCAUAGUCAUGAUCCUGGCCUAUGCAGCCUACCUUUACUUCCAGCUCAAGACCCAUCGCCAGCUUUUUGAGCCCCAGGAGGUUGAAGAUGAGGAUGAUGAUUUGGGCUCUGAAGAUGAGGCUGUACUGGGAUUUUCAAGUGCUAUGGUUUGGCUAGCAGUCAUGACGCUGAUAACCGCUAUACUUUCGGAGUACGUUGUAAGCACAAUUGAGGCGGCCUCAAAAUCCUGGGAACUAUCCGUGAGCUUCAUUAGCAUCAUCUUGAUUCCAAUUGUUGGGAAUGCAGCAGAGCAUGCUGGUGCAGUCAUAUUUGCCUUUAAGAACAAGCUGGACAUCACCCUUGGAGUAUCAUUGGGGUCAGCUACGCAGAUUUCCAUGUUUGUGGUUCCACUGAGUGUCAUUGUAGCAUGGAUCAUGGGGGUUCCAAUGGACCUUGAUUUCAACUUGCUAGAGACUGGUUCUUUGUUUCUGGCAAUAUUAGUGACAAGCUUCACCCUGCAGGACGGAUCAUCGCAUUAUUUGAAGGGAUUGCUUCUUCUCCUUUGCUACGCUGUGGUCGGCGUAUGCUUUUUCGUCCUGAGACGGCGUUCAUCUGACGGCAACAAUCUGAAUGUGCUCAGCAGAUCGGCUUAGUCGGCGGUUCGCCGAAAGGUUCCUCCAAACCGGACGGUAAUCGAGUUGCAGAUUGUGAAGUGAAGAGAGUUCAGGACAGCACCUCCCUAGGCAGAUGAAGCGCGCAUGUUGCGCAGCCAAGCCAAGCAGCGCUUGCGUGCAAAAAAAUGUAAAUUAAGACUAGUACUUCUGAUUAAUCAGGUGAGUUGAGUUUACUGUGUCCGUUAUAGUACAGCUAAAAAGCUAAGCUAGUGAAGAAAAGUAGAUCCACAACACAACCUCGAUAAAAGAUGUACGGAGUAGUUGACAAUAUACUUUAGGGAGCAUCUGUUGCAUUGAUCAACAGGCGACACAUAUAUUGAAGAUGUACCUAGCUAUAUCGAUAAGGGAGGAUUACUGAUUAAGUGAUUA